AUGACCGCCGCGACCUCUUCCAUGGCUGACAUUGCUAAACCUUCUUUAGGUGUAAUGAAAAGAAAAAGCAUUAUUAUCCCUCAACCAUCUAGCCAUCGUAAACUUAAAGAUGCAAUUAAAAAAAUUGUUGAUGAAAUAUUAGAACUUUUCAUUGAAGCUCAACAAAUUGGCAAAGAUGAUAAUGGAACUACAAAAAUGAUUUUGGACCAUAUUAAAAAGCGAAAUACUAAUGCUGUAGAAGUCCUAGAAUGGUUAUUAAAUAAUCAACAUACGCUGCAAUACAAAACUCUUCUUGGAUACUUUUAUUUACAUGACAUUGGCACGGAAAUAGAUACCAGAAAGGCUUAUGUUUUGUAUUUAGCAGCUGCAAAAAAGGACUAUCCUAUUGCUCAAUAUUUGCUUGGUGAAUGCUAUUCGUCGGAUAUGGCAAUUCAUUAUUAUUCCAAGGCGUCUAAACUUGGCCAUGAAAGCUCACAAAUUGUAAUGAAUAAACUCUUGAAGGCAACUAGUUCUCCUCCAUCGUAG